CACAAGGGAAUAAAGGCAGCUAGUCAUGCAACGGAAACGCCACAUGGGAAAUGUUGCUGAUGAUAACGGCACAAUGAGAAGAGCGGAUUAAAAGACAUGGCUGAGCUCAAGAUCCUCUACCCUGCUCCUGUAAGUGUUCAGCUUGCUAACAGGGACCUGGAGUGGACCGUGCAACACGAGGAAAGUUAUUAUUCGGCAUGUACGGACGAAGCGGCUUUUUUAAUCGAGCGCCGCUGCGAGGCUGAACCGGAGGCGCGCGCGCGAGGGCAGCUCGGAUUUUCAGCACCACGGACAGCGCGCCCGCUUCUCCACCAGUGGGCAACUGAUGAAGAAGUUCACAUCUGGCACGAUGAAGAGUUUGAAACAGGCUUUUCCGACAUCACUGAUGUUGAAGUAUGCGUUCCGAACCCAGAGACCAACUGUGAGCACUCCAGCUCUUACUGUGAUCCGGAUCUCUCCGAUGAUGAUUUUGCAGCAGAGCAGCCGGAAAAGUCGGCUGAUUACGGUUUCAUUUGUGCAGUGACUUUUUUGGUGACUGGGAUGUUUUUGGUGGUUGUUUCCUACAUGGUGCCUCGUGACGUCAGAGUGAGUCCAGACAGUAUCUCAGCCCGGGAAAUGGAGCGCCUGGCCCUCGAGAGCGCCCGAGUGGGUGCACACCUGGACAGAUGUGUCAUCGCCGGGCUUUGUCUCCUGACUUUGGGCGGUGUACUGCUUUCCACCUUACUCAUGAUCUCCUUGUAUAAAAGCGAGAUGGUCAGACGGCAGGCUUUUGCAAACUCUAAGCGCUCAGCAAAACUCUACGGCUCAAUCAAUUUUAGAGGUGUUGGUAGUCAGCACGCAGUCCCAUCACAACUGUCUGUGGAUGAGGAUGAUGCGCUGAUUGAAAUUUCGAACUAAAACCGACAUUUUUAUAUUUAUCAUUAUGUAACCCCUUAUGGUUUUGUCAAAUUAUUCAGUUAUUAAUGUAAAAUCAUAUUUGUCAGGAACUACAAAAAUAUUCAGCAACAAUUUAUUACAAUGAAUUACAUGAUUCUAGCAGCAUGGUGAUGAAGUGAGUAGCAAUGUGGCCUCGCACAUCCAAGAUUUAGGGUUCCAUUCCAACCCUUAGGGCAGCUUAAAUGUUCUCUCUAUGGCUGGUGGGUUUCCUCUGUUUUACUUCCACAGUACUGUACAUGGUGUAAGAGAAUCAGCUUUUUCAAAUUCCCCCUGUGUGUGCGCUUGUGCCCUGUGAUAGAAUGGCACCGCACCUUGUGCCACGAGUCCCAUGGGAUAGGCUCCAGGCUUC